AUGUUAACAACUUUCGGUCUUUCAUCAUUGUCGUUAUUAUCAUCGUCGUGUUCUAUUUCUUCAUCAUUUAUUGGCCUAUGGAUACAACCGGGUCUUCUUGAUUCAAUAACAAUCAAUAAUACAUUAUUUUCAUCGAAAGGCACGUGUCUAAAUGGACAACAUGAUGUCAAAUAUAAAUAUAUAUAUUAUAAUGAGCAAACACGAUGUAAACGCUGUAUCUUUUUUAUUCCAAGACAUUUAAAUGCAUUGCAAUAUCGAGAAAGUGAAUGCUUCGAUGCUGAUGAUGAUAAUAGUCGUAUUUGUGCGUCGAUUACACCGGACACAGCCUUGUAUACGCUCUUCCGGGAUAAUGCUGAAUCAAUUUCAUGUCCAUUGGAUCAAUCUUGGUAUUUUAAAAAAAGUCGUCGGCUAUCCUCAUUAUGUCAACCGAAAGCAUUUCAUAAUUGUUUUUCAAUAAAUACAUUCCAAAUUUCGUAUAAUAAUCAAUGUCGAUCUAAUACAGAUGAAAUCGCCACAUGUUUUGCACAAUUUUCCGAUGGGAAUAUGAAUUAUAUUAUAUCUCGAAGUUUAAAUCAGCAAAGAUUUAUUUGUUUUUCAUAUACAAGAACGAAAAUUGAUGAAAACAGUUCCUUACCAAAUGAAGUUUAUUUAUCUGAAGAUGAAACUUGUAGAGGUUUAUUAACAAGAGAAUCAGCUCUUAUGCUAAAUGUUCAAUCAAAUAAACAUUAUGAAUCAAAUGUUCAAAUGCCAGAUUGGACGCAAGGCAUAUGGUUAUCGACAGGAAUAGAUCGCAUCAAGACGAACUCAUUUCAUAUCAAUCAAAGUCAACUUACAAUGAACAUACAAGACAAUCAAAUAAUUAAGCACGAUCUCAAAUUUCUACGUAUUGUACAACGGCAUGAAAAAAUUAUUCGUAUUCGAGCCAAAUCUUUAGACCAAUGUUCAUCGAUAUUUUAUUGCAUCAAAUUAAUCUAUCGCUCUUCAGCUGUUGUCGAUCUUUCCAUAGGAUUUGAUAAACAUCACUGUAAAGAAAAUCACAUACAUUAUACUCUCUAUAAACCCCUGGCAAAAUCGAAUAGAUCAUGUCCACAUAUUGGUGUUUACAAAUCAUUAAAUACUUUUCGAUCCUCGUUACCCUUUUCAGCAUGUUCAACUGGCAUUUGGACUUUGUCGAUUGGUUGUCAGUCUAUAAAUCCAAGUGAAUUAUCAUUAACUUCAUCUUGUCGUCAUGAACUUGUACCCGACGUACAAGUGAUUACAUCAAUUAAAGGUAGCUGUCUUGCAUCAUGGCGUACAGAUCGUCGAUUUCAACGUACACUUGUUCUUUACGACAAAUCAAAAGCAUUCUGUUUGAUUCAAACGUUGCACUCCAUGAAAACUAGUUUCAUCGCAUCAGCGAGCAGUUGUACCAAUAUUGAAAUACCACCAAUCAAUGUCGAAAAUAGCCUGCGGUAUUCGGAUGACUGUCACGAAAAUAGUCGUUUUUUAUUAAUAUCAGCAUCGCCAUCAUCAAGUAUAGGUUCAGUUCAACGAGUAUUUUAUUUGAUGUUUUAUUUAGCUAUGAAAUUAUUAAUAUAUAUGUAA